UGAUGAUUGUAUGAGAAAAAAACUUAUCAUAGUUUAGUAUACAUUACCUAAAAAAAAUUUUAAAGUAUAAAACUCAAUAUAAUAGAAAUAGUUUGAGGACUUAUCUUAUUUUUGUACUUCAUACUUUAUUCAGAUUCAAAAUUAUGUGUCAGUGUUCUUCGAAAUCUAAAAUUAUUGAAAGUAAUACAAUCUUUAAUAUUUUCGAUUGUCAUUGAUAUAUCGCGUUACAAAGGUUACAUUUUACAUCUUUAAUAACCAAAAAUAAAAUAAUGUCAAAUAAAGAGGGAAAGACCUUUACAACAUCAUCGACAGCACCAUCAGUAACUAUAAUCACUGAGAAAACACCACUGUGGAAACUUGCCGCAGAAAAUGGACCUUACAUAAAAAUUGGUGGUUUAAUGGGAGCCAGCGCGAUUGCACUUAGUGCUUAUGGUGCACAUAAGUCUUACCCAAAAGAUCAAGCAGAAGAAUUACGCCAUAUAUUUGAGACUGCAAAUAGAAUACAUUUAAUCCACAGUGUAGCUAUUUUGGGAGUUCCAAUGUGCAGAUAUCCUAAGAUUGUUGGAUCCCUUCUAGUAGUUGGCACAGCACUAUUUUCUGGAACAUUAUAUUAUCAUGCUUUUAGUGGGAAAAAAAGAUUAUCAAAAGUUGCUCCUCUAGGAGGAACCCUUUUGAUUUUAGGAUGGCUCUCAAUGGUUACAAGUAUGGACAUAUAUAGCACAAUUUGAUUGAAGUUUACUUUUAGUUCUUUUUUUUUGAAUGAUAAAAUUUAAUAAAGUCUUAAGUCUAACAACAAA